UGCCGCCUAAAGAAGAACUUGCUCCAAUGCUGGACUAGCAUGUGCAAAAUUUACCACGGGGGUGUCAGGAAUUUCAAUCUUUGCUUCCAAAACAGACUGGCACCCUGGGGGCCAAAGUGGGGAGCGAGAAGGAUCCCACACACUUUUUUUUCCUCUUUCGGUCGAACACUGCAAUAGAGGUACUGCCAUCUUUAUCCCUCCUCCUUUAGUCCUCUGUCUUUUUCCAGUGCAACAUCUCCUGGUAUGUAAAGCUCCACUGUCACUGCAGGUUGGAGCCUUGGUCAAGCAUGCAAACAGCCUACAAGCAGACGUUGCUUAAUUUUGGGGAAAUCUUGUGCGCCAGCUCUGAUAGUGGGAAUGCCUGAGAAAUAGUGAACAAGUGCAGCUCCCGAGGCAGGGGCACGCGAAGGAUUAUGUCGGCUGCAACGAUCACAGCAGCGCUGAUCUUUUUUAUGGUGCAAAGAUCUGGAGCCUUGGCCCUCGGAACAGCGUGCUGGGAUGAACGCCUAUCGCGAGCGGGGAGAAACAGCAGCUGUGUGGCUUCACAGCCUUUCCUGAUAUUCGGUCACGGUAAAGCCGUUCAUCGGAUGGACCUCGAUGGGAAGAACCAGAGGAGGCUUUUGGCUGGUGUGGGAAGCUCGAUCCUGUUCGACUUUCAUUUCAGAGAGGAGGGAGUUUACUGGGCUGACAAACGCACUGGGGUCAUCUACAAAGCAUCAGUGAGAGGAGCCCAUAAACAGAAACUGUACUCGUCUGACAAACACAUUUCGGGCCUUGCGGUGGACUGGAUUUGGAACAGUGUAUAUUGGACAAGUCGAGAAAAGGGAAAAGUCAAGAGAAUGGAUUUAAAUGGGAAAAAUGAGAGAACUCUACUAAGACACUUGACCCAACCGAGUUCCAUAGUUGUUGACCCCAAUAACAGGUUCCUUUUUUGGCUGUCUGGUGGCAUGACUCCGAGUAUCCAAAGGUCUGAUGUGACAGGACAGGCGAAAACUACACUUAUUAAGAUAGCAGAGCGACUACAAGCACUGUCGAUUGACCAACAAGACAAAAGACUGUUCUGGGUUCAGUUUGGACUGCAAGGAGAAAGUGCCAUCGCCUCCUGUGAUUACAACGGAAACGCCCUUCACAUCAUAGAUCAGCCACUUCGGUCUCAGGCCCUGGGGAUAACAGUUUUUCUGGAGUACUUGUACUACACUGAUUCUUCAUCUCGGGUGAUAAAACAAGUAAACAAGUACACUGGUGGAUAUUCCCUGGAUGUGAACACAAAGCAAAUGGCAAAACCCCCUGUUGAAAUCAAGGUGGUACAUCCCCUCAACCAGCCAUUGGCCGACUCAUCAUUUCCAGGUUGUGAGAAGCUGAGUGGAAACUGUGUGAACGUGUGCGCAAAUCUAGCUGAGCAAGGGGUUUGUCAGUGCAGUGACGGCUUUGUUCUCAGUAAGCAAGGCACUUAUUGUGAAGAUGUAAACGAAUGUGCCCAUUGGAACCAUGGCUGCUCUCUUGGUUGUGAAAACAUCCCAGGCUCAUUUUUCUGUACAUGUCCUAAAGGAUACGCCCUCCUACCGGACAGGAAGACAUGUCAAGAGAUCAAACCAUGCGAAGGCAAUAUGACCAAAUGCGGCCAUGGAUGUCUGACAACGGACGAGGGCGAAGUAUGCGUGUGCCCUGAGGGAUCUGUACUACAGGAUGACGGACAAGCCUGUACUGGCUGCUCAUCUACGGACGCAGGGGGCUGCAGUCAGAUCUGUACCCCUGUCACCCCGAGCAGGUGGCAAUGCGGUUGUCUGCCAGGCUACCAGCUCCACCUGGACGGCAAGCGGUGCAUCGCCACUGGGCCACCACCCUAUCUGCUAGUUGCUAAUUUUGUAGAUGUACGAAGAAUUAAUCCCGACGGCACUGGGGAUCAAACCCUGGUGGAGGAGCCCAGAGGAACAAUCGUUGCUUUGGACUACGACCCCAUCCAGAACAAUGUGUACUUCUCCAGCAUUAGCCAAAAGACAAUCGAGCGGAUUGAUUUGAACGGUGGAUCCAGGGGGGUCGUCAUCUCCGAGGAUCUGAACUCUCCAGAGGGACUGACGGUCGACUGGGUCCACCGCAGGAUGUACUGGACGGACAAAAGCCGGUCGACUGUUGACUGCAGUUCCUUGGUUGGACUAAACAGAGAAACUAUUGUGAGCAAAGGGCUGGAAAAACCAAGAGGAAUUGCAGUUCAUCCUCUGGCUAAGAAGUUGUUCUGGACUGAUAUAGGUGCCCAGCCUGUAGUGGAAAGCGCCUCAUUGGAAGGAAAAGACCGAACGGUCAUUGCGAGCUCCGACCUUGUGUCACCUGGCGGCCUGGCCAUCGACUUCACGGAGGAUCGUCUGUUCUGGUGCGACCAACGCAGGGGCGUGGUAGAGACGGCUGGCCUGGAUGGCUCGGACCGGCGGAUCCUGUUAGAGAACCAAGUAGGUCGACCGUUCGACCUCGCCGUAUUUGAGGACAGGCUCUGGAUCUCGGAACGGGAGCCGCGGCAGCUGAGAAGUGUACACAAGCGGACCGGGAAGAAACUCCAAAGUAUCCAUGGCAACAUGGUGCAACCAGCAUCAGUUGUGGUGGUUCAUCCCCUUGCUAAACCAGGGGCAGAUGUCUGCCUUCACCUGAAUGGAGGAUGUGCUCAGGUGUGUGAGAGCAAACUGGGAUUCGCCCACUGCUCCUGUCUGUCACGCUACAUCCUGUCAGCUGAUGGGAAAAGUUGCCUACCGGCCGACGCUGCGAACGGAACAGCAGAAUCUGGAGACGGCGAAUCCAGGGAUUUUACGUUUCUCAGAGGAAGCGAGCCGACUCUCUUCACAGACAAGAUGGUGUCAGGUAACAGUGCAACAAAAAAGAUUUGUUCAGUUCUUACGAUUUCACAUCUGACUGUUUAUGUUUCCCCUUCUCCGUCAGACCAGAAUGAGUGUUACUCACUGCGUUGUGAUGUGAACGCACAGUGCCUGCAUCAUGCGGGCAGCCUGACCUGUUUGUGUCUAGAGGGUUUUACAGGUGAUGGACAGUUGUGUGUGGAGCAGGAGACUGCAUCGACAUGGGUGAUGACGACCAGCAGCCCUGCUGAUGUCACUAUCCGGCACCACAACGGUAACUCAGUGGAGAGCUGCCCCUCCACCCACGAGUCCUACUGUCUGUACCAGGGCGUCUGCUUCUACUUUCCCGAAAUGGAGUCGUACGCCUGCAAUUGUCUCUCGGGCUACAUGGGGGAACGCUGUCAGUUCAGUGACCUGGAGUGGUGGGAGCUUCAGCAGGCCGAGAAGGAGAAGAGGAGAAACGUGGUCAUCGCGGCCUGCAUGGUGCUCCUCGUCUCCCUGCUCUCCAUCGCUGCAUGUGUCACCUACUGCUACAGUACUAGAAAAAUUUUCCACAAACAGCCGUCGGUGGAUAACGUGAGUGAGACCAGUGUGACAGAUGAGAGCAUGUCAGAAACCACCUCCAGCAGUGUGCCUCGGUUCUACAUGCUGAUAGAAAACGGUGCCGAUGGAGAAGCCCUCCCUGCCAUGGGAUGUCCCAGGAGAGCCGUGUGUCCGUCAUGCUCUUCAGAGACAGGUGACAACCAUGUGUCUGAAGAGUCAGACACGUUGUCCAAACACAACAGAGGGUACGAGUGUUCCAUGAUGUCGGCUGUUGCCAUGGAGAUCACUGAACCCACUGCCCACCCGUCAUCGUCAAGCUCGUAUUCCUGCACAUCCUUCAUCCUCUCCCAGACUACCAGCGCAGGGUCACCUGCUUCCUAGUGGAGCGGAGACGUCAACACAGCUGAGCAGUGAAACGCACACAUACUGUAACAUCUGGCUCAUGUACAAACUGCAAAUGAAGAUUUCAGUCUUAAAGCUACAGUGUGAAAUAUUUAGAAGAACUUACUCACAGAAAUUGAAUAUAUUGUUCAUAACUAUGUGUUCAUAUAUGUAUAAUCACCUGCAAAAGAGAACCAAUGUUUUUUCGUCAACUUUGAAUGAGUUAAAUAUAGGUACAUGAGGUGGACCCGACCUCCGUGUGAUUCGCAAUGUGUGCUACGUGGUUUUGAACACGAUUUCACAAAAUGGUCCAGAAUACGUCGCAUUUGUGUUGAAUAUUCAGCGCUGCCAGAAACUGGAAUAGGAAUUAGCAGUGCGCCACCAUAAAGUGUCCCCUGCCGGUUGCUCAGUUGAUUGCGGUUUGAAACUUUACCACCAGAUGCCGCCAGAGCAGUACAAAAAUGAAACACUGGGGCUUUAAAUUAAAUAGGAAGAAGUGCCACUGGAGCUGUUGCCUUUAAAAGUGAUUUUUGACCUUUUUUUGUAAACAUAAAUUUAUAAAAACAUAAAAUUAUUUUUCCCAGGCCACAACAUGUAAACUCUUGUAAAAACACAGGAAUUUUUAAAGCAAAAAAAGGAAAUUACAGUUAACACACACACACACACACUACAGUGCAUUGAAAAAAUGCUAUAGGAAUGAACGCUCCUUGCAAAAAUAAAAGGAAAUUGUUAAUUACGAUAUACAGUAGUGUAAGUGUCCCUUGCCAGAUGGAGCGACCAGCUUCAGAGAAGUGUAUUCUGUAAUUAGCAAGAGUUUAAAAACAUUGCUUUGGAUUGAAACUCGUCCUUAAACUAAUUAAUCUGUAGCUGACGACAAAAUACUUGCUAUGUAAUAUACAGUACAUGUGUACAGUUUGUCUUUCCUAAAACUUCUAGAGUAGAUCUAUAUUACCAUGUGUUGUAUAAGCUCGUGUUUGCUAAAAAAAAUACCCAAACACAGAUGAACUACUAAAUACAGACAGUUAAAAGUAUAUAUAUAUUCCAAUGCUUGCUUUUAGCCUAUAGGUCCCAGGACCUUCAUUCACAUCUGUGAGCUCUGCAUGUUUUAGUCAUUAGCAUUUGCUUUACUCAGACUCACUAAAAAUGUUGGACGCAAGGUGAUUUUUUAAAAUUGGUUUUAUGUAUUUCUCCAAUCGCUGAGUAACUGAGGUCUGCCACCAUCCCCAAAAAGACGUUAAAUAUAACAUUAUAACAUUAAAUGUUUCAUGUGGGAUCACUGACAAGUCUUCACAUUGACUUUGGGUUAGUGUUAGUUUUUGUUUUAUAAAAUACCAAAUAUCCAAACACCCCUUUUAGCUUCCUCGGAUCGCGGUGGUUGUAGGACAGAAAAUAAUAAACAGAAACAUCUUGCUCGUGUUAUAAAGGGACACAUUUUGUUUUUCCGUUUUCCCUGUUUGUUGGAUAUUUAUGGAGUAAUUGUAUGAUUAUGUUCGACUUUCAAGGAGGAGCUUUGUCUUGCCAAUCAAAAAUUUAAAUUGCUAAAAUGACAUGACAACAAUGCACUGUAGUUUACAUUAACAUGGUAAUAUUAAGCAGUGAAUGACAACUACCAUGUGAGUGCAUUACGUACCCAACCAGAGAUCUGUGAUAUUAUUUACGAAGUUUAUGCUCUGAUUAUUUCAUUCAAGAAGAUCCAUGUUUACCGAAUAGGACAAUUUGGUUUUGGGAAAAGAUCUAGCAAUUAACUUCUUCCUAAUGUCAAUGAGCUUUACAUCCUCUAAACAAACCAAAAAUGGGUAAUAUCUUCUUCCUUCCUUUUUUUUUUUUUUUUUUUAAAUCCAGAGCUUUUAUUCACACUAUAUUCAACUCUAAUCCAGCUCUGAUUCUGUGGUACUUUCAGCACAUGUGUACUACAACUGGAAUUAGAAAAUUACUUGAUGAAGCUUGUUUUUAUUUCCAUCAAUAAAACUAUAUUCACUUAAAAAAACAAU